GACUGAGUGCUGGCUGGACGGAGCCGACCCUUUGUCUGCCAUUCUUUCCUAAGAACAGCAGCGCGCUGACAAGCUUCAGAAAAAUGAUGCUUCAACACCCAGGACAGGGAUCAGCUGUGGAGGUCAGCGCAACCGCCAUUGUCCCAUGCCUGUCUCCAACAAUGACAUUUGCUUUCGAAGACUUCACCAACCUGACGCCUCUGGUUAAAGAAGAACUGAGGUUCACCAUCCAGAAUAAGCGUAUCCGGGCACCUUGCACAUUGGAUAGCGUUGUGGUUGCGGAAAGGCCCAUUGAAAUGACAAUGUCUAAGACAGAGUUUGUGCCGCAUGAAGACGAUAGGAAGAGGAGGAGAAGAGAGAGGAACAAGGUUGCAGCUGCAAAGUGUCGAAACAAAAAGAAAGAGAAAACAGAAUGCUUGCAGAAGGAGUCAGAGAAGCUGGAAUCUAUCAAUGCAGACCUGAAAGCCCAAAUUGAGGAACUAAAGAACGAGAAGCAGCAUCUUAUCUACAUGUUGAACCUCCACCGACCCACCUGCAUUGUGCGAGCACAAAACGGGCGGACCCCGGAGGACGAGCGCAAACUCUUCAUCCAACAAAUCAAAGAAAGCACGCUGCAGAACUUAGUGACGGAAGGUGUGAACUGAGCGCUUGUCUGCUGGACUUCAGAAUGAACUAUGUGCAGCCCUUUGGGGGUUCAGGACAUCAGAGAAUCCUUGCAACUGAGGAAUCUUUACCAGGAAGAUCCUACUUCGUAUUAACAUCAGAUGUCUCUGGUUACAAAGUGGAAGGACUUUCCCUUUUUAUAGGAUGCUGUGAGCUCCUUCCAUCCAGUAGUGGCUUGGAAUCUCCAACAAAAGGAGAACGUACUUUACCUUUCGGAGUUAUUACCAGGUUCCAGUCACUAUUCGAUUGCUGCUUCCUUCAUCCUAGCAGUCUGAUUUGUUAUUUUUUACACUUUGUGCAAUCGAUUUUUCUUUUUUGUUAACAGAAACAAGGAGAAAAAACAUUUCAGUGUUUUUGGGGGUGACGGUAUCUGUCACCCGUUAAUGUUUCUGUUCAAAUCCACAGAAGUAUUUUAAGAAGAUGGAAACAUCCAAUGAACUGCCUUAACUGAUCCAUUUGGAGACAAUGCUUGUUUCCUGCUAUUUAUUUUUGAGAAGUCAUCUUGCUUCCACCAUCUUUAAUUGUCAAUGUUGUACUUUUUUUU